AUGUCGACGACACGACUGACCUUUUUGUACCCGCACCUCUACCGCACCCUGCGCGCCAGCGAGCCCAGGGCAUCGUCGACAUGUCGCAGCAGCAGCAGCAGCAAACGGGCCGCCGCCGAGGUUCGGAGGAGAGGGUACGCCGCCUUCACGCCCACGCCCGAGGCCCGACAGUCCGGCUUCGCGCCGCGGCACGGCAAGGGCAUCGAGCCUGUGAAGGCCGAGAGCGAGAAGACGCGCAAACCGGUGCCGGCGCCGAAGCCUGAAGCAAACACCACCACCACCGCGCCGGAGAAGACCGCCGACUCGACGGCAGCCAACCCGAAACCGAGCGGGACCGCAUCCGAAGACGGGUCGGCGGCGCAGACACCGACGUCAACGACAACAACAUCCACGAGCACACCACCACCGCCGCCGGCCGGCGAGGAGCAACAGCAGGAGGCGGAGGAGGCCAAGGCGGCGAAGCAGGAGGCGCGGGACCAGGCCAAGAAGAGCGGGCCGCUGGAGGCGGUGCUGCAGAUGGGACCGCCGGAGCAGGUCGCGAAGCAGCACCCGCACAUGGAGACGCCGCCGUACGUGCACCACUUUGACAGCUUCUCGCUGGUGAAGCAGCUCGGCGGCGGGGGGUACACGGGGGCGCAGUCCAUCACGGCGAUGAAGGCCAUCCGGGCGAUUCUGGCGCACAAUCUGGAUGUGGCGCAGGAGAGCUUGGUCAGCAAGAGUGAUGUGGAGAAUGAGACGUAUCUGUUCAGGGCGGCGUGCUCUGAGCUCAGCACCGAGGUGAAGAACAACCAGAAGCUGGCGGACGAGGAGAUGAGGCAGAAGAGGACGCUGCUGCAGCACGAGGUGGACAUUCUCACGCAGUCGCUGAACCAGGAGCUUCUGACGCUCAACGACAAUGUCCGCGGCAUGUUUAACGACCGCAAGAUGGCGGUGAGGGAGGAGCAGAAGGCCGGUGAGAGCGUGAUCCAACAAAUCAACUACAAAAUCAGCCUGCACCUCAGCAGUGACGCCAAGUCCGACAUCGAGGGCCUGCGGUGGGUGCUCAUCAGGAGGUCCGUCAUCGGGAUCCUGUUCAUGGCCGUCGUGACGCUCGGCACGCUGCGGUACGGGUCGUAUGUCUCGCACGAGAAGCAGAAGGAGGCGGAGAGGAUCAAGAAGCAGGUCGAGCUGAUUAAGAAGUCGCAUGGGAAGAAUGAUCAUAGCUCGUCGCCGGAUGCUGCCGAGAUCUUGGCGGCGAAUUAG